GUUCAUUUGCAGCGCAGCUCUCGGUCUCUCUGCAUUCAUACCUUCAGUCUGGAGAUGGAGAAGAAAAGCAGCUCCAGCAGGAGGACUCUGAAGAGCUUGUUUUCUCGGAGUGAAGUGAAUCUGUCGGAGCACGAGCCCAAGACUGACAGCAAUGGAGGAUCUUUUAGACUCUUCAAGUGGAAGAAGAAGAAGAAAAGCGAGAGCUCAGAGGACAAUCCAAACACUGACAGAGCUGAAUCUGCUGACGGAGACAUUCAGGAUGGAGAAGAGCAGAAUAAACACAAGACGGCUCUGUUCGGCAGGUCAAAGAAGGGGAAGCGGAGCUACUCUGAGACAGACCUUCAUAAACCCAAGGGCUUUAUUGGAUCCCUGACCUGGGGGAGGAAGAAGAAGCAAAACAGAGAUCGGGUUCAGGAUCUUACCAGCAAUAGUGACAUUUCAGGAGUGAAAGAUCACAUCAGUGAACAGGAAGAAUUUGACAACCAUAAAGAAACAGAACAAAUCCAGGCUUGUGUUGAGGCAGUGAGGUCUGCACCAGAACCUCCCUGUGCUUCUGACCAAUCCCAGUCCCAGCAUGUGCUGAGCGACCAGUCUACACUCAGUGAAGAAGAUGCAGGGUUCAUGCCUACAGCUCAGGAGAGUAAAGCAAUACCAUACAUCGACUCUUCUGAUAGUGAUGCUUACCAAACCCCCCCUGAUAGCCCAAACAUCUCAUCUGAUGCCCAAGCUCAACCCGAUACCCAAUAUGGAAAACUAUCUGCUCAGAAUUCCAUCACUUCUGAGACUUCAGAGUAUUACAUCUGUCCUGGUACUGAUAUGAAAACUGCAGCAUGUACUGAUACAUCUACAGCCCGUAUUUCACAUGACAAUGUUGUUUCUCAGAAAAGGUCACACCUGGAACACGGAGAAUACAGUAAUGCAGCAUCUCUUACACAGGAGAGUUACAUCUCCAGACCUGAGAGCACAGACUCUUCCAUUCAUGAGAGUUCCUCUUUGUUCAUACCCAAAAGUCCUGUCUUUUCCAUCCCUGAGAGUUCAUUCUCUUCUGAUCCCCAAAAUCCCACUGCUUCCAUCCCUCAGGUUUCCUCCUCUUCUGAUCCACAAUUGUCCACCUCUUCAAUUCCUGAGAGUUCCUUCUCUUCUGGUCCCCAAAUAUCCACCUCAUCCAUCCCACAGAGUACCUCCACUUCUGUUCCCCAAAUUUCCACCUCUUCUAUCCCCCAAAGUGCCUCUACUUCUGUUUCUCAAAUUUCUACAUCUUCAGUCCCUGACAGUUCUUCAGUGUCUGUUCCCCAAAUUUUCAUAUCUUCAGUCCCUCAGAGUUCCUCCUCUUCUGAUCCCCAAAUUUCCACCUCUUUAAUCCCCGAGUUUUCCUCCUCUUCUGAUCCCCAAAUAUUCACCUCAUCUAUCCUACAGAGUACCUCCACUUCUGUGCCCCAAAUUUCCACCUCUUCCAUCCCUCAGAGUUCCUCCUCUUCUGUUCCCCAAAUUUCCACCUCUUCCAUUCAUCAGAGUUCCCCCACUUCUGUUCCUCAAAUGUCCACCUCUUCCAUCCCUCAGGGUUCCUCCUCUUCUGUUCCCCAAAUUUCCACCUCUUCCAUCCCUCAGAGUUCCUCCUCUUCUGUUCCCCAAAUUUCCACCUCUUCCAUCCCUCAGAGUUCCCCCACUUCUGUUCCUCAAAUAUCCACCUCUUCCAUCCCUCAGGGUUCCUCCUCUUCUGUUCCCCAAAUAUCCAUCUCUUCCAUCCCUCAGAGUUCCACCAAUUCUGUUCCCCAUAGUUCCACUCCAUUAGUCCAUGAAAGUUCCUCUUCUUACAUCCCUCAAAGUUCCACCUCUACCAUGCAUGAUAGUUUCAACUCAGACAGUACCAUGACCCAGAGUUUCAGCACAAACACAAAUUCUGCUUUUAACCUUCCUGAAGACUCCUUCAGUCAUCCAGCUGACACCAUAUCAUAUGAAGAUUCUCAUACCACCUCUGCAAAUGUCAGAAACAAGUCUUUCAUUGACAGUAAUGUAAUCAACUCUGACCCAUCCAGUCCCACUACAGACAUCUGUGAAUCAGACCAUGUGUCCUCAAAGCCAUAUGUGAUUGUGUCCAGCACUCUGUGCUCCUCCAGAAUAAAAGGAAACCGAAUAAAAACUGAUAGAAAACCAUCUUCCUCCAAUACCAAUGUUUCUGAAAGUGAUGUUACUGUACAUUCCACAGCUGAUUCAGGUUCACGAGAAGAAACUCCCCCUGAGAGUAGUUGUGUGACCAUUUCAAAGGAAUCUCAUGCAACAGAUAAUUAUUCUUCUUUAGCAUAUGCCACUGACUCAGAGAAACACAACCCUGCUCAACCUGUCCUUCCUGAGAAUGAGUCGAAUAUACCUUUAUCUCCAUCAGCUCGAGCAUACACUAUCAUUAAGUCAACCAAAGUAGUCACCUUUGACCUUUCAGGUCCCUCAGACCACAUCAGCUUUGACCAUUCCCACAGAUCUCUCUCUAACAAUGAGCCUGAUUCAGAUGUGGAAACCCUGACCGAAAUAUUAGACCAUGAGGGUCAGGACAAUAACCAAACUGAUACUGACAGCUCUGCAAAAGCAUCCUCAGGUUUUCCAAACCAUACCAUCCCUAGCAUGUCUUUGACAUCUUAUCCUCCCCUUCAUUUAGAUGUUUCAGACCAGAUGUUCAGCUCUCAGUCCUUAAAGGCAAAGACUGAGAAACAACAGAAAACAUCCAGAGCAUGUGAAGAUCAAGAGAAAUGUCUUCAAGAUGCAUCCAUCACUGAAGACACAAAACUUCAGAAGGUUUCGGAAGAAUGUGGAAUGCUUAAAAAGAAGGAAGAUGACGUGCUCAUAGAAACUGAGAAACAACAGAAAACAUUCAGAGCAUGUGAAGAUCAAGAGGAAUAUCCUCAACAUGCAUCAACUCAAAGUUUGGAUCCUGUUGAUCGAAUAAAUCAGAAUAAAUCCAAUGCAGAAAUAACGGAAGCCACAACACUUCAUAAGGCUUUGGAAAAGGUUGCAAUGGUCGAAGAGAAGAGAGAUGAAUUAUACACUAAGAUGGAGAAACAACAGAAAACAUUCAGAGCAUAUGAAGAUCAAGAGGGAUAUCUCCAAGAUGCAUCAACUCAAAGAUUUACUGAGAAGUCUAUUGGUGAGAGUGAAACCAAUGCGGAAAGGAUGACCACUACAGAUGAUGCAACAUCCGUCACUGAAGACACAAAACUUCAGAAGGUUUCGGAAGAAUUUGCAAUGGUUAAAAAGAAGGAAGAUGACGUGCUCAUGGAAACUGAGAAACAACAGAAAACAUUCAGAGCAUAUAAAGACCAUGAGGAGCAUCUUAAAGAUAUAUCAGCUCAUAGAUUUAUUGAGAAGUCUGUUGAUCAAGAUAAAUCCAACGCAGAAAUCAAAGUAUCCACAAAACUUCACAAGGCUUUGGAAAAGUUUGCAAUGGUCGAAAAGCAGAGGGAUGAUUUGCAUGAAGAGACUGAGAAACAACAGAAAACAUCCAGAACAUAUGAAGACCGAGAAGCAUGUCUUCAAGAUGCAUCAACUCAAAGAUUUAUUGAGAAGUCUGUUGAUCAGAAUGAAUCCAAUGCAGAAAUCACGGAAGCCACGAAACCUCACAAGGCUUUGGAAAAGGUUGCAAUGGUCGAAAAGAAGACUGAUGAAUUGCACAUGGGGACCGAGCAACUGAAAACAUCCAGAGCAUAUGAAGACCGAGAGGAAUAUGCUCAAGAUGCAUCAACUCAAAGAUUGGAAUCUAUUGAUCAAAUAAAUCAAAAUAAAUCCAAUGCAGAGAGGACGACAACUAGAAAUGAUGCAAUAUCCAUUCUAGACAACGAAUUAAACCAAAUCAUCGAAGCCACAAAACUUCACAAGGCUUCAGAAGAUUCUCCAAUGCUCAAAAAGAUGAGCAAUGAAUCGCACAUGGACCAAAUCUCAUCCGCAGUGGAAACAGAGGCAUGCAGAGGAGCUGGAGUGUUGACAGGUCAAGCAGAGCCUCAGAUUCCCAGUCUUUCCACACCGAAACCAGCAAUACCAGUCCAUCAAGAACAUGUGCCUGAAGAAUGCACUCCAGCCCCUCCCUUCUCAGAGCUGCUCAAGGUGUCACUUACAGAUUCAAGCAUGCAAUCACAAAGUCACCUGGAGAAUCUGCCACUCCCAUUGGGUUUGCACCAGUAUAACACAGAGAUAACAAUCCUGGAGGACACGGCAGGGUGCAAACACCACUCGAGCACUGAUAAGAACACACAUGGUGGCUAUAUAGACACACUAUCAAGAACACUAGGUAGUGAAAGUCAAGAUUGCAGCAUUGAGGAGCUCUCCGGUGCUUAUAGUACAAAGCAGACCUUCACACACUCCAAUGACAGUAAACAGGAGGAGGUAAAGGCGGACGGAGAUACAAUCUCUCUUUGGAAUCAGAUCAGUGAAAGCACAUCAGAUACAGAGAGAAAGGAAGAGACUGAUGAUUUGGCUGAUCAAACAGCUUCUGACUGUUUAACACCAGGUGAAAGGAUCGUUCAUGCAACUGUUCCCAGUACAGUGAUUGAGCAUAAUCAAGUAUUGAAUACAGUCAUGAACUCUGGAGUCUCGGUGUUAAACACGAAACUUAAUCCACCGUCGUCACCUCGAGACGGCAGAGACGAUGGUGUGGUUUUCCGGAAAGUUUCUCUGGUUAAAAAUGAGCUUCCAGAGCCCAGCAGAGCCAGUCCUGAGCUGCAGAGACGCUUCCAAGCCCUCCAGGACAAAACCGAGCGUUCAGAUUACACCCACAGCUAUGAAAAAGCAGUCUACACCUCUCAUUUCCACUCUCCGGAGACUGAAGUUACACAUUACAGUGGCGGGAGGGGCCGGGAGGAGCUUAGUUUACCUGGAGAACGACUGCAGAUCAUACCAACACACUCUCAGUUAGAUCCAGAGCCUGCUCUGUUCAUCGUGGAGGCUGAUGAUUCUGAAGUUUUCCAGGCGAUGAGGGUAGAGCUGCAUCAUUCACCAACCUCUACUGAACCUCCAUUGCUCAACUCAGAAAUGGAUAAUCUAGUGGAUACUCUGAAGAGUAUGGAUCGACCGCUACGCCAGAGAGUUCAGCGCGCGCCAUCUAACGCUCCAUUCUCUUCCCUGCCGCCUAUAGAAGAAGAUGCUCCUGUUUCCCCCUCUAUCACUCCUUUAUCUCCUCCAUUCUCACCUGUUCAUGAGCCCAAAUCCAUGCUAAACGGAAGCUCUGGGCUUGAUUUUGGCUUUAAUUGGAGCUCUACUAAGGAUAUGCGCUCUCCAUUGACUAUGAUGAAGGAGCAACAGUUCGGAGAUGCACAGAAUCGUGGGCUUUCUCUUCCCCUUCGUGCUUCGGCUCUGAGUAGUAUUGUAAUGCGCAGGAGUUCACUGAAUGAUCUCAGUCCUGAAGACGGCUCUGCUAAACCGCUAAUAAACGGCGCUAGCUCCUCCUCACGGCUAGAAAACAGCUUCUUUUUUCAGCCAUCAGAGAACGGUGCUUCGAGUCGCUCCAUUUUCCGUGCAGCAUCUCUCCCUGACAUCGGUUCUGGUGCAGAUCGGAUCAGCUCCGCUGCUAAGAGCACCGAUUCUCUGGUUGGAUCUCGAUUUGAACGCUUCUCGUAUCUCACGUCUCCAUCGAACUCUCUGAGCGGGAUUGCUGAAGCUUCUAGAAUCAGUGUUGCUCCGUUUGCACAGAGCCAGUCGGCGGAGAGCCAAAGCUUCAGUCAUAAGUCCACAUCUGAGCUGUAUCGCUCUCUGCCGUCUGAAACGCUCCUCAAGAGUCCUCCGUCUCUGAGUAUCCAGCGCAGCAGCAGUCUCGACGGAGGGUUUUUAAUUAACGACAACUUACAAGUCAACCAGAAGCCGGAGCCGGAGCCAGAGAGGAACUUACUGCUCAAAUACAGAGCCUUCCCUGAUGCCUAUCUGACGAAAGAGAAGGAGCACGGCAAGCUGAAUCCCCGACCCGGAAAGAUGAUCAUCUACGAUAAGCCUGGAUUCACGGGUGAGCGCAUCGAGGUGCGUGGAGAUGUUGUGGACGCCACGCCAUGGGAGUUUACUGACACUAUAUCAGUACGAGUUAUUAGAGGAGGUUGGGUGUUUUAUGAGAAGCCUGAUUUUAAAGGGGAGAAGAUCGCUCUGGAUGAGGGCGAGAUGGAGCUGACGGACCCUUUCAGACCAGCAGAAGAAGAAGAAGAGGCUGACCUGCAGAAUGGAGGAGAGAGCCAUGGGGAGAUAGUGAAUGAUGGAGAAGAGCAGCAGGAAAACAAACCGCACAGGACGAGGAAGUUCAGCAUCGGGUCCAUCCGGCGAGCAGUGCGGGAUUACAGCGUCCCUGAAAUCAGCCUCUUCCCUGAGGAGAAUGCAGAGGGCAAGAAAGUGACGUUCAGAGACACAUCAGAGGAUGCCAGAAUAUUCGGCUUCCCCAUCAAAGCAAACUCCAUCAUCAUCAAUGCUGGAUUGUGGCUAGUGUUUGCCGAACCCUUUUUCCAGGGUGUCCCGAGGGUCCUGGAAGUAGGUGGAUUCCCCAGCCCGUCCGCCUGGGGCGUCACACACCCAUAUGUGGGCUCGCUGCACCCGCUGAAAAUAGGGGAGCCCAGAGUAGAAAACCUGUAUGAGCCCAGACUGGUGCUGUACGAGAAGCCGUAUUUCACAGGUAAAAGCCGAGAGAUUUACAGCAGCAUGAGGGACUUUCUGUCACGAGCGGACAAACAGCAGACGCUCUUCAUGUUCAGCGCAGGAUCCCUCAAAGUCACUGGAGGAUGUUGGGUGGGUUAUGAGAAGGAGGGUUUCCGUGGUAACCAGUAUCUGCUAGAGGAGGGCGAGUAUCAUGAUUGGCGGGUGUGGGGCGGAGUCAACUCUGAGCUGCGCUCCGUCAGAGUCAUUCAGUCGGAUCUCUCAGAGCCGCAGCUGGUGCUGUUUGCGAUGCCGGAGCAGGAGUCUGAGCAGGACGAGGAGCGCACGUUUGAUGUGACGGAGGCGGUAGCCGAUGUGGAGCUGUUCGGUUUUGGCAUCAACACUCGCUCUAUCCAAGUGCUGAGCGGAGCGUGGGUGGCGUACUCUCAUGUAGACUUCUCAGGGAACCAGUAUGUGCUGGAGAAAGGCUUCUAUAAUAACUGUGGAGACUGGGGCUCUGGAGACAACCGCAUCUGCUCCCUACAGCCCAUCCUCACGGCCCCCAGUGAUGGACCCAUUCUCAGAAAUGAGGUGCUGCUGUACUCAGAGCCGGAUUUCCUCGGCUCGUGUCGGGUUUGCCAUCAUAACCAGGACGCUUUGCCGGAGAGUCUGAUGGUGAGGUCCUGCAGGGUGGUCGGAGGAAGCUGGGUGCUGUACGGAGAAGAGAAGUUCAGCGGCAGCAUGUAUGUUUUAUCAGAAGGAGAUUAUCCUAACCUGAGCAGCAUGGGUUUACCAGCAGACAGCAGAGUCCGCUCCGUUAGAGCUGUUCCUGUGUCGUUCUGUGUGCCAUCGGUUUCCCUUUUCGGUCUGGAGUGUUUCGAGGGCCGUGAAGUCACCAUCGACACACAGAUCUCCAGCAUGCAGGAGGAGGGCUUCAACACUCAGUUCCUCUCCGUCAGGGUCAACACCGGAUGCUGGGUGUUGUGUGAGCACAGUAACUACAGGGGGCGCCAGUUCCUCCUGGAGCCCAUCGAGAUCACAAACUGGCUCAAAUUCAGCUCCAUGUCCUGCAUCGGCUCUCUGUAUCCUGUCAGACAGAAGCAGAGGCCGUUCCGUAUCAGGAAUAAGCAGACGGGGCAUUGUGUCUCCGUGCAGGGCGGUGUGGAGGACAUGAAGACGGGUCGAGUUCUGGUGUCAGAGCAGGUGGAGGGCAUGAGUGAUAUCUGGCUCUAUCAGGACGGACUCAUCAAGAACAAGCUGGCGAGGAGCAUGAGUCUGCAGGUUAUGGGUAAUGUGGAGUCUGGAGCGAAGGUUGUGUUGUGGACGGAGACGCGUGUGCCGGUGCAGACGUGGAGCGCUCAGAUGAGCGGAGCCAUCGCCAGCCUCACCUUCCCUGGGAUGGUGCUCGACAUCAAAGGUGGCAAAACAUACGACAAGGAGCAUUUAGUGAUCCGCGAGGAGAACGAGGAGCAGCCCAGCCAACAGUGGGAGCUGGAAUUUGUUUAGCCCCGCCCCCUCUUCACAUUAGCCCCGCCUUCAUCCACUGUGACUCUGCCCACUGCCUGUCCGGCUCAGUCAGUCGGAGGACGCUGUGUACAGUAGACAAAAGUGUUCCUCACCACCCUUGUGUCUUAUUUCCACAUCAUCUGAAUGAUGAACAUCACCUGCGGAGGGUGUUAUGACCUCCACACACCUGGAGGAAACCUUGUGCACGAGGAGAUUUCUGCGUUUGAACAGUGCUUUCUCAGAUAUAAUAUAUCAGUCCAAGCCUUAUCUUAUUUCUGUCUGUUUACACACUAAUGUUGUGUUUCACACAUAUCCGGGGUGUAUUAUGGGAUGUGUGCUGGAAUAUCAGUGUGUGCAUCAGUUUAUAGUGAGUGUGUGUGUGUGUGUGUGUGUGUGUGUGUGUGUGUGUGUGUGUGUGUGUGUGUGUGUGUGUGAGUGUGAGUGUGUGUGUGUGUGUGUGUGUGUGUGUGUGUGUGUGUGUGUGUGUGUGUGUGUGUGUGUGUGUGAGAGAGAGCCUCUAUAAUAUUGCCAUGUUUUUUGACAUCUUUAUUAUGUAUAAAUGAUUAUUUUCAGAGUGUGAAAGAUUCUAUACCUGGGAGUGGCUUUAAUUUUAUAAUAAAAGCAAACAAAUGAAAUCAU